AUGAGCGAACACGAUAUAAUACCGUUCAGCGAGAAGCCUCCGUCGACGGACGAGGAAUGGGAGGAAGCCUUGAAAUGCUACGCGAGGGAUCGUGAAAGAGGGGAACCGGUAGAAACCAAGAUAGUCCAAGAUACUUCCCAACAGCGAUGGGCAGUCUCUUCACUACCUGCCGCUCAAGAUAUGACGGCCGUCUCCAAACCGCCUUUGGUCCAUCAUGGCGAUUCAGACGAUUCUUUCAAUGCAAACAUAGGAAUACCAUUUCAUCGUCCGGAGAAUAUACCAGGUCCAUUCAAACAUAUCGAAACUGUUGUAGAAGUACCGGUGGAUAUACAGCGAUACGAUAAUAAGAAAUUGUCAGAUAUGACUGAGAAGGAACAAUCAGCAGAGAUGCACCCUAUACCAUUAGCAUUUGACACCUCCCGGACAGGGCCUGGAAAGAGGGAUGAAAGUGACUUUCACGACGAUGAUGACAGAUCACCUAAGAUGGAAAGAAGAAGGAUGAAAGAGUUUUAUCUUAAAGAAGGUUGGCUACCUGGUCCCAUACCUAGUAAGCCGACUAGACUGAAAAGGAGAAGAGCGAUAAGAAGGUUGGGAUUGAUCGGAGAGGAAGAAGAUGGUAGGAAAGCUGUUUUGUCGAAAUACGCUGAAAUGGCAGAAUUGGUCUUCGAUGUUGCUCGAUCUUCAGUAGCGGUCAUACAUGAUGAGAAGGAAUUUGUCUAUUUUUCCGAUCCACACAAACCACCUGUAUCUCGAUUGAUGUCUCAAACGAUCUGCAGUCAUGUUAUAGACAUUCAUGACGGAAAUUGUUGGGUGAUAGCAGAUUGUACAAAAGACUGGAGGACCAUCAAUAACCCCUUAUAUGCAGAUAAGCAAUAUAAGUUUUCGGCUGCUGCUCCACUUCGAUAUCACGGUAAAGAUGGAUCAUUGGUGGAUUUCGGUACUUUGAAUAUAUACGAUACUCGACCCAGACAUUCUUUCACUCAGAGAGAACGUUCGUUGUUGUUAAAGCUGGCAAAUAUGCUGGUGUAUCAGCUGGCAACUCAGCAAUCAGAAUAUAUGGCGAAACGCUCUAGCGCAAUGUACGAAGCAUCCAUAUCAUUUUUGACGAGAUCAAUCAUACCCGAACCAUCCGAAGAUCAACAGCGGCGAUCUUCAAGCAAACGAUCUUCAGCUUCUACCAAGUCAACAUCUGCUUCGCCUCUUCCCUCAUCAAAAGCAAAACUUCAACCGCCAAAUACAGACGAGAAUGCAAUAGUAGCCAGUAAAGCUGGACCAAGGGAUAGUAGGGAUGCAAGAAGGCAAGCGUUCAUCUCUGAUCGAGGUAUAUUCAACGAUGCUGCUGCCACUCUUAGAAUGCUCCUAAAGGCCGAUGCGGUGGCUGUGGUCAAUUUAGAUGAUUACCAUCUAUUCAUGAAGAAACAGGACAAUGCAGGACAUUUGCACAACAAGAAAGGCAAAGACAGGAUCAAAAGUAAAGAGAAAAUAAUAAAUGAUUACCUAAAAGGAGAACCUUGGCCGUCCGAUAUUGAACCUGUGAUCAAUUACGUUGGUCGACCACAUGGAGCGGAAGUAUUGGGUAUAUCAGCAGACAAGGAGACGAGUUUCCACUUUGAUACGACAGGAGUGGAAUCUGUUCUGGCUGAAUUCCUAAAAGUCUACCUAUCAACUCGGCAGUUUUGGUGGGAUAGAGAAGAAAAUGCUAAUCCGCUGUCGAUGAGGAUAAUGGACCUGAUGCCUACUGAAGCUCAGACUGCUCUAUCAACAACGUUAAUGGGUCAUGACGGAAAGAUCAAAUUUGUGAUGUUCGCUACGUGGAAUGAACCUCCUUCGUCUUUGGUUGACUCGAGUAUAGUGUCAUUGCCAUUCGUCUGGAUUUUAGGUGGAUGUCUCAUGGCUGCACUUGCGAUGAAGAAGAUCAGGGCAUUGGAACAAAGUCAAAUAUCGUACUCAAACCUACAAGCACACGAAUUGCGAACCCCACUUCAUCAGAUUCUAGCGAUCACACAACUACUCAGAUCAUCCAUGACGGACCUUGCUGAAACACCUCAAUCACCCUCAUCGCUAACCUCGACUGAACAAGUGCGAGAUCUCUUACCAUUCUUAGAUGCGAUUGAUACCUCUGGGAGGACCUUACACGGGAUUGUCGAUAAUAUCCUAUCCUUCCUGGACUUGAAGGGCAAAGAAGCUUCACAAUCAUUGGGUGAUACAGGUCUUAUGACGACUCCGUCUGGCGCCCAGAUGUCCAUCGAAGUACUAUUCGAAGAAAUAAUACAAGAUGCAAUAGAGGAAGAUAGGAAGUCGAGGAAAGCCAAUGGUCAAGCGGACUGUCAUAUCGAAACGAUUUUCGAGAUCAUCCCUCCGCUUCUGGGAGAACAGGUCUCAGAGGAUGCUGGAGGUGCUUUGCGAAGGGCACUCGCCAAGAUCUUGGCUAAUGCAUACAAAUUUAUCGAGACUGACGGUUGCGUCGAAAUUUAUGUGGAUGAUGUUGUUGAUUUGCUACCACCUGAAGGGUGUGAAGAUAUCGCCCUCACCAAAGCGCUCAGUAUCACCAUUAAAGAUGAUGGUCGCGGUAUGGACCAAGCGUUUGUAAAUGAUAAACUGGGAGAGCCAUGGGCGAAGGAAGACCGUUAUGCUACGGGUAGUGGUCUCUCUGUCCACCUUGCAUAUCGAAUAAUCGAUUUGAUGGGAGGAUGUAUGGAGAUUACUUCUGCUCCUGGUGCUGGAACGACUGUUCAAAUAGAUGUGCCUUUGCCUCUCCGAUCGGCACCGUUCCCCGAAUCACCGUCUGAGCCGGGCUCACGAAGAGAAUCCACAGCCAGUAUUCGUCAGCUGAGCUUACAUCACAAUGCUAUGAAGAUUGAUCGGAAAGUGUGUCUGACCGGAUGGUUAGGCUACGGACCAAGGAUCGAAAUGGUCGGUCAAGCCUUGGACAGACAAUAUGCUAAGAUUGGAUGCGAGAUGGUUUCGCAAGUAGAAGAUGCGCAACUUAUCAUAGCGUACGGUGGGAUCGAAGAGGAUGUCAAUCAGGCUAGAGAAUUAUUCGAAAAGGCUCAAACCGAAGAUAUAGUUUUCCUCAUUACGGAAGAACAUUCUGCUCAGGAAGAAGUAUUAAAGUUGGAGAAACAGAUGGAAUUGAAGAUUAGAAGGUUCAAACGACCUACGAACCCAUCAAUCUUACGAGAAACACUUUUCCCCAAUCAUUCGGAAAGGUUGAAGAAUUUGUUUGAUCGAGAGACGAAUGGAGAAGUGAAAGUUGAUUCUGGAUCGAUAAACACUCCUCAUCUGAUGUCUCCUGAAGGUGAUGAUGCUGGUCAUCCAUCUGCAUCUGAUGAAAAUCGAGAAGACCGGAAUAAGAAGAAUGCUCCAUCGCCAUCACCAAUGACUUUGAGUACGUUUGGAAGUAGUGAUUGGUCUUUCCCUACAAACAGUAAUACUCGAGCAUCGUCUGGAUCAGGACCAGGAUCAGGUUCGGGUGAUUGGAAACCUUCAAAUAUGAAUAUCGAAGAAGCUGUUGCGUCACUUUCGUUAGGUGAAUAUUUCCCUAGAAUGUCACCUAAACAAACGUUUCGAGGGGAGGAAGAUGCAUCGAGCGAAAUACCGAUUCUGGCUGCUGAGGAGGAAGAUGACGAAAAGGAAGAGAGUCAUACCACGCCGAUGAACGAGAAUACGAACGUAGAAGACGUAAAUAGAAAAUAUUCAGUCGUCACUGAGAAAGGUUCCGAAUCCGGUCAAUCGAUUUCGACUUCGACUUCGAAUAAUGGGACUAGCUCGAUCAAUUCGGUCUCAUCAACAAGAAAUAAUUCGAUCGACUUGACGUUUUCAAAUAGUAAGAACGAGAAUAAGAAUGGCAAGAUCAAAAUUAUGGUUGUAGAGGACAAUAAGAUAAAUAGAACGCUUUUGGUUAAACUGUUACAGAAACAGAUAAAAUUGCCUAUCGAGAUUCUCGAAGCUGAAGAUGGACAAGAAGCUGUUGAUCUUUUCAAGAAGGUCACUGGACCGUUGAUCGUCUUGCUAGAUAUCAAUAUGCCAAAGAAAGACGGGUAUCAAACUUGUAUAGAGAUGCGUUCGAUAGAGAAAGAUAACCCACAUAGAAAGAAAUCACAGAUCGUCGCGGUCACGGCUUUGGCUAGUGCUGAUGAGAAGAAGAAAGGUUUGGUCGAAUGUAACAUGGAUGAAUGGUAUUCGAAACCAUGUGGGAAAUCCGUCAUUUCGCGUAUAAUCGAUAAAGCCUAUCAAAGGUUGUUUGCAUGA